GCUCGUCGGUUGCAAGUCGCAAUCUUUUGGAAAUCGCGCAUAAAUAAACCGUCGAGAAAUCAAAGCCAAAAGCCUCCUUCGUCGUCGUGCAAAUGUAAUUUCUUUCCGUGUCAACCAAUCCUGUCAAUUCGAGGACCCAUCGAGAAUCUCCUCAGCAUUGCAUACUUUUAUGGUCGACUGCUUGGCAGAGUGAGUGUGUGAAAAAGGCAACAGAGCAAAAAGAUACAAAAUGCGAGGAGCAAAAGUGAGGCCAAUAAAAAGGCGAUAAAAUUGACGCCGAUACAGGAGGAAGCAGGAGGAGCAGGAAGAGCAACGAUAAGCGUAUCCUGUCGGCAGAGUGCAUAAAAAGGCGAUAUAUAUUCCGGUAUACCGUGUUGUUUGUUUUUCGUUGUUGCUGCUGCAGCCCCUGAUAGCCAACGAUUCAAAUGCCUUGGUGAUUAAUGGGCCAUUGGCCAUUGCCGACGGGAUGCGCAUAACUCAACUCGGCCAGAGGACCUCGGCCAGAUACGGCCAAUGGCCCAUGGCCGUGGGACUGAGGUUACUACUGGCCCUCGCCUGGACAACGGCGGCUGCGGCGGCCAUGGAGUCCUCGGCCGAACUCCAGGCCCUGGGCUACGAGGCAAUUAGGCCAGGUGGCGCCACUGCUGCCUCAAUUAGCACCUUCGCAUCCACAUUCACAUCCAGUUUGCCAGAACCCGGAGAAUCGACAUCGAGUGGGGGUCUUUCGAUUCCCCCGCGCUCCGACUGGAAGUACAAACGGACGAAAGUCAAGCGCCGGCAGCAGCGCCUCAAUUCGUACAGCAAUCUGCCCGGGAGCACCAAUGCCUCCUCGCACUCGCACCACAUCCUCAACCUGCCGCCCAGGCAGCGCUACCUGAAGGUCAACCAGGUGUUCGAGGACGAGCGCCGCAUGUCGCCGGCCGAAAUGCAGCGCAAUCAUGGAAAAAUCGUGCUGCUCGGACUCUUUGAGCUCUCCACGUCGCGGGGACCACGUCCGGAUGGCCUGAGUGAACUGGGAGCAGCCACCAUGGCCGUGGAGCACAUCAACCGCAAGCGCCUGCUGUCGGGCUACACCCUGGAACUGGUGACCAACGAUACUCAGUGUGAUCCUGGAGUGGGAGUGGAUCGCUUCUUCCACGCCAUCUACACACAGCCAUCGACGAGGAUGGUGAUGCUGCUGGGAUCGGCCUGCUCGGAGGUCACCGAGAGUCUGGCGAAGGUGGUUCCCUACUGGAACAUCGUGCAGGUCUCCUUCGGUUCCACAUCGCCGGCGUUGAGCGACAGAAGGGAGUUCCCCUACUUCUACAGAACGGUGGCCCCGGAUUCCUCGCACAAUCCGGCGCGCAUCGCUUUCAUCCGGAAGUUUGGCUGGGGCACGGUGACCACUUUCUCGCAGAACGAGGAGGUCCACUCGCUGGCGGUGAACAACCUGGUCACCGAACUGGAGGCAGCCAACAUAUCCUGUGCCGCUACCAUCACCUUCGCGGCCACCGACUUCAAGGAGCAGCUGCUGCUACUCAGGGAGACGGACACGCGCAUCAUCAUCGGCAGCUUCUCGCAGGAACUGGCCCCCCAGAUCCUGUGCGAGGCCUACAGGCUGCGGAUGUUCGGCGCGGACUACGCCUGGAUCCUCCACGAGAGCAUGGGCGCCCCCUGGUGGCCGGACCAGCGCACCCCUUGCUCCAACCACGAACUGCAGCUGGCCGUCGAGAACCUCAUCGUGGUGUCCACGCACAACAGCAUCGUUGGAAAUAACGUCAGCUUCAGCGGAUUGAACAAUCACAUGUUCAACUCGCAGCUGCGCAAGCAAUCCGCCCAGUUCCACGGCCAGGAUGGAUUUGGUUCCGGUUCUGGCUCCAGGAUCAGUAUCACUGCACCGCAAUCGGAAGGCCGCCGCAGGAGGAGGAUGCGACGGGGCGCGGGGGGCAGCGGGGGAGCAGGAGGAGGACACCUCUUCCCGGAGGCCAUUUCGCAGUACGCACCGCAGACGUACGACGCCGUUUGGGCCAUUGCCUUGGCCCUGCGAGCCGCCGAGGAGCACUGGCGGCGCAACGAGGAGCAGUCGAAGCUGGACGGAUUUGAUUACACCCGCAGCGACAUGGCCUGGGAGUUCCUCCAGCAGCUGGGCAAGCUGCACUUCCUGGGAGUAUCGGGUCCCGUUUCCUUUAGCGGCCCGGAUCGCGUUGGCACCACUGCCUUCUAUCAAAUCCAGCGCGGUCUCUUGGAGCCGGUGGCCCUCUACUACCCGGCGACGGAUGCCCUGGACUUCCGGUGCCCGCGCUGCCGGCCGGUGAAGUGGCACAGCGGGCAGGUGCCCAUCGCCAAGCGGGUGUUCAAGCUGCGGGUGGCCACCAUUGCCCCGCUGGCCUUCUACACCAUCGCCACCCUCUCGAGCGUGGGAAUCGCCCUGGCCAUCGCCUUCCUGGCCUUCAAUCUGCACUUUCGCAAGCUCAAAGCAAUUAAACUUUCCAGCCCCAAGCUGAGCAACAUCACCGCAGUGGGCUGCAUUUUUGUGUACGCCACCGUCAUCCUUUUGGGCCUGGACCACUCGACGCUGCCCUCGGCGGAGGACUCCUUCGCGACGGUCUGCACGGCCCGCGUCUAUCUGCUCUCCGCCGGAUUCUCUCUGGCCUUUGGAUCGAUGUUCGCCAAAACGUAUAGAGUUCACAGGAUCUUCACCAGAACGGGCAGUGUUUUUAAGGACAAGAUGCUGCAGGACAUCCAGCUGAUCCUUCUUGUGGGUGGACUGCUCCUGGUGGAUGCACUACUCGUAACCCUUUGGGUGGUCACCGAUCCCAUGGAGCGGCAUCUUCACAACCUGACGCUCGAGAUCAGCGCCAUCGACAGAAGUGUCGUCUACCAGCCGCAGGUGGAGGUUUGUCGUUCGCAGCACACGCAAACGUGGCUAAGUGUCUUGUAUGCCUACAAGGGUCUGCUCCUAGUGGUGGGUGUCUAUAUGGCCUGGGAGACGCGCCACGUGAAGAUCCCGGCCCUGAACGAUUCCCAGUACAUCGGCGUGUCCGUCUACAGUGUGGUCAUCACCAGCGCCAUUGUCGUCGUUCUGGCCAACUUGAUUUCGGAGCGAGUUACGCUGGCCUUCAUCACCAUCACGGCCUUGAUUUUAACCAGCACAACUGCUACGCUUUGCCUGCUCUUUAUCCCAAAACUCCACGACAUCUGGGCGAGAAACGAUAUAAUCGAUCCGGUUAUCCACAGCAUGGGUCUGAAGAUGGAGUGCAACACACGGCGAUUCGUGGUGGACGAUCGCCGAGAGCUGCAGUAUCGCGUGGAGGUGCAAAACAGGGUGUACAAAAAGGAGAUUCAGGCUCUGGACGCCGAGAUCCGCAAGCUAGAGCGACUUCUCGAAUCAGGCCUUACCAACACCUCCACAACGACUUCAUCCUCCACAUCGCUACUAACCGGAGGAGGUCACCUGAAGCCCGAACUGACGGUCACCAGUGGGAUUUCGACCCAAACUCCGGCAGCCAGCAAAGCCAGAACGCCCAGCAUCUCGGGAAUACUGCCGAAUCUUCUGCUCUCCGUGCUGCCACCGGUGAUUCCCCGGGCCAGUUGGCCCUCGGCGGAGUACAUGCAGAUCCCGAUGCGGCGAUCGGUGACCUUUGCCUCCCAGCCGCAACUGGAGGAGGCCUGUCUGCCGGCACAGGACUUGAUUAACCUGCGGUUGGCCCACCAGCAGGCCACGGAGGCCAAGACGGGCCUGAUAAAUCGGUUGAGGGGGAUAUUUUCGCGAACCACUUCGAGCAACAAGGGAUCCACCGCCAGUUUGGCGGAUCAAAAGGGUCUGAAGGCGGCCUUCAAAUCGCACAUGGGUCUGUUCACCCGCCUGAUUCCCUCCUCCCAAACCGCCUCCUGCAAUGCCAUCUACAAUAGUCCGAAUCCGGACUCCAACGCACCCGUGGAUCCGUCCACUCAUCACCCACAGAACGGCACUCAUCUGAAGCCCAUCCACCGGGGUUCCCUGACGAAGAGCGGCACCCACCUGGAUCAUCUUACCAAGGAUCCCAAUUUCCUGCCCAUUCCCACCAUUUCGGGGGGCGAACAGUUGGCCGAACAGCACUUAGGUGGCAAGUAUGUGAAGCUGCUGGAGACCAAGGUGAACUUCCAGUUGCCCAGCAACCGGAGACCCUCGGUGGUGCAGCCGCCUCCCAGUUUGAGGGAGCGGGUGAGGGGCUCGCCGCGCUUUCCCCACCGCAUCCUGCCGCCCACCUGCAGUCUGAGUGCCCUGGCCGAAUCCGAGGACCGUCCCGGCGACAGUAGCUCCAUUUUGGGCAGCUGCAAGUCCAUACCUCGCAUCUCCCUGCAACAGGCCACCAGCGGAGGCACCUGGAAGUCCAUGGAGACGGCGGCCAAGUCGAGGCUUUCCCUGGGAGAUUCGCAGGAGGAGGAGCAGCCGACGCCUUCUAACGGCCUGGAUUAGAGAUAAGAAGGUCCCCCAGUCCAAGUCCAAGUUAAAGUCCUCGUCAAUUAGAAGCGAAACACCAAGCAAUUAUUUAACGACACGCCCACGAAAUCUGCCCCCCAGAAAAAAGCGCGUGUGCAACUGACCAAUCAUCGGCUUAAAGCAAUCAAACGCAUUAGGGUAAAACGCUAGAUAAGUCACGAUAGGAACCACCCCUCCUAACCAUAGCUAGUCAUCUCUUCCUGAGUCCUUAGCAGAAUCAGCUACACAGAGAUAAAAGCAGAGUAUGGAAGUAGAACAAAAAUUUACAAAUUAAAGUAAGACACUAGCGGAAGUUUAGAAUUCGUCUAGAUAUUCGUGGUAAAUUUUCCCCUUCAGUAAGUAUCAGCAAAGUUUUCUAAAAACUAUACUCAGUAUUCGCUUAUUGAAUGGAACAGCAAGAAAAUUUACUAACUCGGGUUGCCAAAUUUUUUAGAAAUUAAAAGAAAAAUUGUAUUAAUUUUUUAAUUUCUUUUUAUUU